AAUCGACCACGGGAAUACUGGAUCUGAUGCGCCUCGAGCGUCAGCAGGACCAGGAGUACCGCCGCCGCUUCAUGUCCAUGCUGCGUCAGCAGGGCCAGGAGCGGCGCCGCCGCGCCCAAACCCAAACCCGCGAUGGAUCGAUUGCUUCACGGGGUAAAAGAAAGGGCUCACCCUGCCAAAGAGAUGACGGUUCUCAGGUAGCUGACUUAGAUGAAAUACCAAGCCUUCCAGAGCACAUCUGGCAACAUAUACAUUCCCUUAUGCCAAUGCGAGAUGCUGCUCGAGCUGCCUGUGUGUCUCGUUCCUUUCUAUAUUCCUGGAGAUCCCAUCCCAACCUCAAUUUCAGCAAGGAUACAUUCGGCUUGAUUGAAAAUGCAUGUCAAAAGGAUGAAUCAGGUCGAUUUUUCUAUAUUAAAGUUGAUCACAUUCUGAAAAAGCACUCAGGCAUUGGUGUGAAGAAGCUCAAGCUUCAGAUUGAUUCAGAUUACAGUGCAAAGGACUCUCGUUAUCUCAACAAGUGGCUUCAGAAAGCCGUUACACCAGGGAUUGAAGAACUCACACUUAUAUUUGCCCCAUUCGGAGCAAACUACAAUUUCCCUUGCUCACUUCUGUUGAAUGGGAGUGGAGACUCAAUCCGAUGUCUUCACCUUGGCUGUUGUUCCUUCCGCCCAAAAGUGACACUCGGUUUUAGAAGUCUGAUAAGACUACAUCUUUGUUUUGUGCGUACCACAGGGGAUGCGUUAGGGUUCGUUCUUUCCCAUUCUCUUGCUUUGGAGCGGUUGGAACUCAGGUGCUGCUAUGGGAUAGUUUACCUGAAGGUACCUCGCCUACUGCAGCACCUCAACUACCUGGAGGUAAGCGGGUGCAUCGAUCUGAGAGUGAUAGACAAUGAAGCACCAAAUAUCUCCAGCUUUUCAUAUGGAGGGUACAGCGCAGUACAACUCUCACUUGGAAAAACUUUGCAAAUGGAGGGUUCAGUUUCUUAUGCUCGUACUGAACCUCCAUCCAGCAUGCCAAAUCUUGAAGCUCUUGCCUUAAAUUCACAAACAGAGAGGGCCCAUGCACCAAUGCUGCAAAGUAAAUUCCUUCGCCUCAGACACUUGAGCAUUGCUCUUACUGCGGCAAACUAUGAUUAUUUGUCCUUGGUUUCCUUUUUUGAUGCUGCUCCUUCUCUGGAGACUUUUGACUUGAAUGUAUUGCAGCUAUACAUGAAGAAUGUUUCGGUUUUCGAAGAUCCUGCGGAUCUGAGGCACAUGCAAGGACUGCAGCAUCACAACCUUAGGAGUGUGAAGAUCACAGGAUUCAGCUCUGCAAAGAGCUUGAUUGAGUUGACAUGCCAUGUUCUCAGGAGUGUGAUGUCACUUGAGUGCUUGACAUUGGAGGCCCCUCAGAGUGGUUUCAGGUGUUCUCAUCCUUACAACAAAUCUGGCAAAUGUUCCUCACUGGAUAGGUACCUCGUCAUGGAAGGUCACAGAGGGGUCAUGGCUAUCAGAAGGUAUAUCGAGCCUAUGGUCCCCUCCACAGUGAAGCUACAUGUUUUGGAGCCUUGUAGCUGCCAUGCUGUUGAGCUUCAGAUGUCAUGUUUAUCUUAAUUAUUCAAUGAUUGUGCUGGCUCCUGGUUCAUGUCCAAUCUUUAGCUCUGCAAUAUAAUAUUACGGGGAUGUGCUAGAGUUAUGUAUUCGCAGUCGGACAGUUCUUUUUAUUAAUAAUAACUUUGCUGUGGGAUUGUGCAUCUUCACAUGUUUGUAUUUUAUAGUUGAUUUCUUGACAGGGUUAUUGGACAGCUUGAAGUUGUGUGUUGGCAGUUUA